AUGGUCUACUUCGCCAGCUGCGGUGUGCCCAGCAAGUACGGCUCAUGGGGCCUCAUUGAAGCUCUGGACCAGCCACGCGAGAAUGCCUACAAGUACCAAGCAGUCAUGAACUUCCUCAACUCCUCCGCGCGGCCGGGCUACUGCCACGCGCCGGAGGAUGUGAAUUACGAGGCGCCGGACUGUGCCAGCGCUGAUGAAUGUUCAGGCAAGGGCCUUUGCGGCCUGGACGACCAGUGCUACUGCUACCGGGGCUACUCGGGCACCAGUUGUUUAGAUGCCUCCUACACGGAUUACUCGGCCUGCGGGUAUCGGUGUACCUUUGACCAGGGCAUCUGCGAAGUGUCUGCGGUGAUUGGGAACCUCCGGAGUUGGCACUGCAACUGCCGGGCGGAGUAUCACGGGGGUACCUGCUCAAAGUUCUCCUGCUCCAACGGCUGCAACCAACGGGGCCACUGCAUCGCCGCCAACGUCUGCAGCUGCUUCCGGGGCUUCCGGGGCGGGGAGUGCGAGAUCGACUGCGGCUGCGGCCACCACGGCCAGUGCGACGCCAACAACGAGUGCAUUUGCGACCAGGGCUGGCGCAAGAGCGCAAAUGGUGGCUGCGAGUGGGACUGCAGCACGGUGGACUCUUUGGGUUGCAUCGGUCCAGGCGAGAGCGCCUGUGCUGGCUGCACCUAUGGCACAUGCGUGGCCGGCGCUUGCCAAUGCUGGGCCGGGUAUCACGGCGCCAGCUGCGCCUCGCGCAAUGCCUCGCUGCUGGCGCACGGCGAGGCGGCCUUCGGCAUCAACGUGGCGCUGACGCCCAGCACCUUUGUGGACGUUAUGAAGACCUCGCGGAGGUGGACCAGCAUUUGGGACGCGGACACCCAGCCGGGCCAGUUCUCGUACCAGAGCGGCACUGUGAUGUGGUCCAGCCGCCAGUACGAGUGGGGCAACGGCCAGGCGAUCACCCAAGAUGCGGACGGCUACGUGACCUCACUGGAAAAGGACCAGUCGGUGAUUACCUUGACCCUGCGCGACGUGUGCCUUCAUGCGCCCAAGGGCCGGUAUGUGGUAACGUACGACGGGGACGGCGAGCUCGACUUUGGCUUCGACGCGGUGCCGGCGGCAUUUCAGAAAGGCCGCAUCGAUGUGGACUUCACCCCUACCUGCCGGCGUGAGUGUUGGUUUGAUAAGGCGGGCUGGCUCGCGUAUUGCAGCGACAAUGGCAUCGGCAUCACCAUCCGGCGGGUGAAUCCGGCCAACCCUCUUCGCAACAUCCAAAUCAUCAUGCCAGGCUUCUUCGCGACCCACGAGCACGAGCCCUUCCAUCCCUGGUUCCUGAAGAACCUGGAGCGGUUCUCUACGGUGCGCUUCAUGGAUUGGACCCACGCCAACUCCGAGUCAUGGCAGUCUGAGGGCGCGCCGCGAACCAACCGCUCAGAACCGUGUGACCCAUAA